CAUGUAUAUAUACAUGUAAUAAACGUGCAUUAAAAAGACGUACUACAUAUGUAUAUUUAAUACAAACUGUAAAAUUUAUCUGAAAACAAAAACGGUCCGUAGUAUAAAAUGGCUGCUUUGGGCUCACCUAUAAAUCCAUCAAAUAGUAUUCAGAUGUAUGAGAGAUUGAAAAAGGAAAGUAAAUCGGACUAUAACCGCAAUUAUGAUACUUUACAAAAUGCACAGAUUGUAGAAAACUCGAAGGAAAAGAGCGAAUGCAGCAAGAUAAUGAACCACAAUAAAAAAGAAACCGACGAAAGCGUUCCGUAUGAAAGACUACAUAGUAAACCUAGUCAAUGCCAAAACGUAUAUGAUACAUUGCAAAAUAAAGAGAAAGGAGAGUAUUUCACACAACAAAGUUUCAUGAGCAAAGCUUGUGGUAAAAUAGGACAAAAUGACAUAAAAGUUGAAAGGAUUCCAGGUUAUGAAACGUUAAAUAGUGCACGCGAACAAGACAAGUCAUAUGAUAUCUUGAAAAAAUCACAAAUUGGAGACAAUACCCAAACACAAAGCGUUGAAAGUAAGGAAAGAAGACAAGACGAACCUAUUUUAAAAAUAAACGCAAUUGGAACUAUCCAUGCCUCACAAAAGUCUGAGCAUUCUUAUUGUAGUCCUUUAUAUGACAUGAAAAACAUUGAUCUCGAACAAGAACAAAGUUAUGCAUAUGCUUCAUUUCCAAGUAAAACGCAAAAUAAAAAGGACAAGAGUGAUAAAACUGCGAAACAUCAGACUUGCAAGCAAAUUGCAUCUUUUCUGCUCGGUAUGAUAUUUGGUGGUGCUAUAUUUGCCAUUAUAGCCUUCGCUGUACUCAGGAAGAAAAUCCAAAAUGACAAUAAUGGGAACAGUAUAUUGCCAGGCAAUGGGACAGGAAAUAAUUCAUCAUGUGUAUGGGUGCCAUGGACAGAAUGGUCGGAUUGUAGUGUUUUAUGCGGAAAUGGCACACAACAUAGGAACCGGCAACACAGAGGUGAAACAGAAGGAUGUUUACCUAGAAAUGAAAAUCAAACGAAAAGUUGCAAUUUUGGUGUCACUGGAUGUCAAGCACCAGCACCAGCUAUUGACAUGCGUUUUGACCCAGCUACACUAAAUUCUCAGGGUUUUUUGUCAACCGAUAACAGUAUACUGAGCAAUAGAUAUUCUUCACAAACACCAAAACGGUCCUCUGGAGGAGAUAAGUCCUUGCAAUUGUACAGUGGUGUAAUCGCAAAUCGCUGUUUCGGAGGAAAGAAGAAAGUUUGGUUCAAAGUUGCUUAUAAAUAUACAAUUAAUAACUUUUUAUCAUUCACUAAUUUGAUAUUAGAGGUUGGAGUUGCAGAUCGGGGUGAAAUAGACAAGGAUGUGUUCGUUGGAAAUGUGCAAACAAAAGGUUGGUCUUUUGCUCUUGCCAGAUGUGGAGAAAAUAACGAUAACGUCUGCUUACGUUCAAAACAUUUGGAAAACUUGCAAGACAAUAUCAUUUUUAGUCGUAAUAGUGUCGGAUUGCACAAAAAUGGUACUUAUGACAUGGUUUUAGACAGACAAAAUAAUACGUUUCAGUUAAAAGAUUUGAGUGCUCCUUAUUUAAACAUUUCUUUCAUAAAUGUUGUCUCUGCAAAUGAACUUUGUCCUGUAUUUGGAGUUUAUCAUAGUAAUUUACUUGAUGUUCAAAUUCAAAUUUUAGACAGUAAAGAUUUUACAUAAGUUCUGUCAUGAAGAUAUAUGCAUUAAGAAGAAUAAAAUUUGUUUUUUUUUAUAAUGAUUUAUUUAAUGUAUGAAUAAAAGCAGAAAAUACCGAAACAGUUUAUUUUAAAGUACUAGUAUAUUGACAACCUACUUCAAAAGCCCCACGUACAGACAUGUUUUGGGAGCAAUUGAAAGACACAAUAAAAAUAAAGACAACAAUUCUUUAGACAAUAUAUUUAUAUCCGGUCACCGGGUCGUCGGAGGACGAUUGACCUUGACAUUUUCUGGUACUAAGUGCACACUUUUGAAUUCUAACACACAAUUUUAUCUUUGAUUUCAAUUUACUUGUUUGCAUUUUUUUUAAACUUCGGAUAAUUUAUUUGUAUGAGCACACAAAUCAAAAUAAUAAUAUUGGUUGAGCGUCACUGAUGAGUCUUGUGUACGAAACGCGCGUCUGGCGUACUAAAUUAUAAUCCUGGUACCUUUGAUAACUAUUAUAAUUGAACAUUUA